AUGAUUCGCCGCGACUUCUCCUCUCCACUGCGCUACUCCCAAUCAGCCAUGGAGACUAUCGAUGAAAUGGUCGCUGCUGCAGGCACGAAAACAUCAUAUUCUCUAAAGCGUGUGCCCAAUAAGCUCCGCAAGAGAAGGCCAGAGUCCUCGCCUAACGAGGAAGUAACGCCAGCGUCACCACAACGUCGUCGAACAGUAAUGGGUGAAUUGCGUGGUAUGCUCAGCAGGCAGUCCGUGGAGGCAAAGUAUGCGGCGAUCAAGACAUCGUCGUCGAAUAACAGCUUCAAGCUGAAAUCGAUGGUGAGACGGAGUCCUGAUUCGCCGAGCUCAUCGCAUUCUGGAUUGGGCAUCGGAAACACGCCGUCGAUGCGAUCGAAUCCUGUCAUUACUGGAGGAAGUACGAGCAAAGAUAACAGCAUGCUCAAGCCCGGCGACUUUGCGACAGGCAACUCAUUGUCACAAACAUUCAUUGUAGACGAUACGGACGGCCCGAUGCCAAUACUAGCGUCAAGACGAGGCGUAUCUCGUAAAGGUCCGCCCUCACCAGAAUUGGAGCUUCGCGAUUGGGCACUGGACAGACCCGCUGUUAGCAGCAGUGAUUUCAUGCCAGUGCUCGUCAGAGGUGAUGUGAUGGAGGCGUUCGGACUGCGUGUCGACGCACCACUACCAAUUUAUCCGCGUGACCCACCAAGAGAGUGGUAUCCGGAGAUCAAGCCGAUAGAUCCGUGUAGAGCGUGGCGAAACAGUGACAGACGCCAACGCGCGAAAGAUGAGUUGUUCACCAGGAAGGAUCCUAGGGACUAUUUUCACGAUAUGCCAGUACCGCCACGAUGGGGUGAAAAUGGCCGCGUGAUAAGGCCGGGUGGGAGCCAGAAGAUUGACAUGGCCAAUGCCCGAGCAGCGGAGAAUGUGCUAGCGGCCGAGGAGGUGAUAAGAGCAGAUAAAAUGAAACCUGAAGUGGUGCUACCUGGCCCAAGCCAGAGACCUGUCUGGAAUGGCACACCUUCUUCCAGCAUCUUCAUGGGAGAGAAUCUUGCGGAAGAGUGGGAGAAGUAUGUGCCCUAUGUGAAAUCAGAAGAUAAAGCACAUAAUGAAAUCGAGGCGUGCGGGAAAGUGGCAAUGGCCGCUUUUUCUCCCGCUCAGGCCCCGAAGCCGGUACCAAUAGCACCAGUACCAGCAGGUCCAAUCGUCGAGCUAGCAAGCCCAUCGCGAUUGGGGAAACCAAGCAAGGAAGCCGUUCAAGAAACAGUCGAACUUGACAGCCAAGAGCUCCAUGAACUGGAUGCCACACCUCCAGUAUCUAAGCAGGAAUCCAGCCAUGACGAAUGGAGGGGCAGCUUAUCCCAACGUUGGAAAGCCGCACGUGAUGAUGCUCUCGCAAAACUUGCAAAGGCAGAUUACGAAGUCUUCCAGCACCCUACAGAGCUCCCAGCAUCACGAGAGGAACUUCAGUCGUCAGAUGCAGAGGGGACGUUGCAUGGUAAUAAUUCAACAGAAACAAGGCUUGCUGAGCCUGGACCGCUCGCAGAGCUAGCCACAGCACGAGAAGACCUUCGUCUAUCGUUCGCAGAAGAGGAGCCGCGUAACGUUGGGUCGAUCGACGCCAGGCUUGCCGUGCCUACGCCGCAUUUCCAAGAGCCGCCGUCUACCACAGAUCUAGCAGAUGCCACUAACGCGACUGAUGAACCAGAUCUCUCGACCGACAAGCAGACAGCGUCGCGGGAAGCGAUAUUGAAAGGGUCUGUUGUCGUGCUCGCGGACGAGCUGGCGGGGGGAAUGCAGCAGCGCUGGGACGAGCUUAUCGCUCGCUCUGAGAAUGCGAGCAGUGGUGCGCAUCAAUGGGAUACCCAUGUAUGA